AUGAACUGUUAAGAAUAGAUUCGCUAUUCUGACAUCUUGGAUGGGAAGUACGAGAUCGAUCAAUUGGAAUCCAUCCACAGAACAGAGAAGUACCGAUCCACAAGUUCAGUUCAAACCAAUCACUACAAAGAUCUAAUCUAAGACUUAAUCCAAGUCUCAUAUUAUCUCAUAUAAUAGGCUCAAAGUAGAUGUGCUGAUAAUAUCAACCAACUGGGUUACAUGCUCAAUCAACAAUCGAGCAAGAGAUACACUUAAUCUGACUUUUCGACUCCCAAACUCAAUAUGUCCUAAGUCUCCCAGAUUUCACAAAUCUAAACACCGAAUAAACCGAUCCAAAGCACCCCUGGUUCUCCUUCACUUUUAAAUCAAUUGAACAAUGACAAUCUGUUGGAUCAAAUUGAUAAAUUAAUUAAGAUUAGAAAAUUGGAUCAAUCUAUCCUCUUAAGAAUCAUCAGAAAACACAUGAAUAAUUGUCCCUAUUUUGUGUAAUUAGUCAAGCAAGAGUUUCGCAAUAGUAUUAAUAGUUUAUAAUGA